UUGAUCGUGCGUCGCUUCAAACGUAAUCUCGCCUCAGUUUCUUAUUGCCUUGAUGUUGGUCUGUUAUUGUUAACGUUUUACUGUGUUCAUAUCGUAUCGUUGUUAGUUUUUUACAUUAAUAAGUCAUGUCUCAGGUUUCGUUAAUAUAUCUGUUCCUAUUAUUUUCAAUAAUUUCUAUGAAUCUCGCUGGACCUAUUAAGAGGACGUUACAUUACGAGGAAAAAUGCAACAAUACAAAUUGGACCACGAUGUAUUUGAGAGCAGACGGAUUAAACAAUACUCUACAUUAUAUUUGGGAUUUUGGCGGUAAACCAUCGAUAUUAAUGGCGCUUACGUCACUUCCUACGACAUUGAAUAUCACUUGCGAAGAUUUUGCAUUGAAAAAAAAUCAUUCCAUUGUAUUUUCGGAUAAUCCAAUUUACACGAUCGGUAUAGUGAUAAAUAAGAUAAUCGAAUUCAAUGACGUUAAUAAUACGGCGGUGAUCAAUUAUGCCAAUACAAAGAAUAUAAACGUAUUAAAAUCAGAAUCAUUUGUUUGGUCUCGCAAAUCAUUUACGAUGAACGGUGAUUCCUUCGGUUUAAACAUGGAAGCUAAUUUUUACAAUGAUACAACUACGAAUAUCACCAGACGCGGGAGUAUAAAAGCAUCGUUAAAAGGAUAUUACUUCUUGGAACACACGGAUUCAAUUCCUCACAUGUUGCACACAGAAAAUUCCAUGCUGGUUGAUUUAAUUCUCGACAAAAUAGAAACAAACGAAACUUUUAGCAGUAGCAGAUUCGCCAUUGAAUUGAUGAUCGUUGAUGGUGGUAAUCCUGAUAAACUGAUGAUCAUUGAUCCUAAAAAGAAUCUCGAUGACGAACAUACACCGGGUAUAUUCGAGGUGGUAGAAGUGAGAACACCUGGAUUCAAUAGAAGUAACGAAACGCAACAGAAUUGUGCAUAUUUGCAAUGGAGACCAGUUUCUUAUUUAUCUACAUCACGAAGUAUAAGUAGUUCGACAGAAAUUGUACAAUAUCCACCAUUUAAAGUAAACGAUCGUGUUGCUGCUAUUAAGAAUUCUAUGCUUUAUGGUUAUUACGGUCAGGAUGUUAAAGAUGUUUUGGUGCAAACAAUCUUGAUCUCAUUUGGAUCAAAGGAUGAUGGAUUUUAUAAGAGUACCAAUUACACGACCUGGACAUUCAUCAUUGGAUAUGGGACACCACCGGACGAGCAGUUAUCCUAUUUAGUAAUCCUAAUCAUUUCGAUCGGACUCGGUCUUCCUGUUGUCAUUAUGUUCCUAGCUGCAUUGUAUGCGUAUAUUCGUAACAUGUCCAAGCGACACACUGACACUUAUUUAAAUCGAUGAGAGCAAAUAAUAAGGUCAG